ACCAUAAUGCACUGGGGUCACGCGCUUCCGGUCCUGCGCAGUUUCUGGAGCGGAUUGGAACCCGGAGUCAGGAUUCGAUAAAUGAAGGGUGUUUUGCAGCAAAGGCUGGCAUGAUGACUCAACAGACACCAGAGGAGCUCUUCUGGUGUGAGGACUGUGGUCAGUACCAUGACUCUGAGUGUCCUGAGCUGGGACCCCUGGUCACCGUCCCAGACUCCUUCGUGCUGAGCCGGGCUCGGUCUUCUCUACCAAACAGCCUGGAGAUCCGAGAUGCAGAUAAUGAGGAGGAGGGUGUGUUUGUGCUCCAGCGGCUCGUCAAAAGAACCCGAUUUGGGCCCUUUGAGGCCAAAAGGGUUCCCCACCUGGAGGCAGAUGGAGCAUUUCCCCUGAAGAUCUUCCAGAGGAAUGGGGCGGUGGUGUGUUUUGACUGCAGCAGUGAGGACGACUGUAAUUGGAUGAUGAUGGUGCGACCCGCCACUGAUCACACACACCAGAAUCUCACAGCGUACCAACAGGAUGAUGACGUUUACUUCAACACCUCACAGGACGUGCUGCCAGGAACAGAGCUGAGGGUGUGGUACGGAGCUUUCUAUGCUAAGAAGAUGGAGAAACCGAUGCUGAAGCCUCCGUUCCCUCCUCAAGAAAGCCCAGAGAAACUUCAAGCCCACGAUCCUGUUGUGACUGAAGACUCCACUGCAGGUGUCCUGCUGAGUCAGGUAGCAGCUGGUAACAUGCUGCUGCACCAGAAGGAGAGCAUGCUUGAUCCUGAUGCUGGGGAGGAAACGGGGCCUCCUGCAACUCCGUUUGGUCACAGGAGAGGGAGGGGUCGAGGGAGGAGGGCCAGGGGCCGCAGGCGUGGAGCUGCUGCUGCUGCUGCUAAAGGCAAAGAGGUGAAGAGCCCGGUCGAAGGCUCAGAGCUGCAGGUGCCAGACGUGGCGGCGGCAGCAGCAGAGAGCAGCAGCAACCCGCAGUGUUCUGCAGAUGGCUCGCUUGUUCUAAAGAGACACAAAAGCAGAGAGCACAGGAGGGUUUACCGCUGCUCCCUCUGCAACAAGAUCUUCCAGAACAGCAGCAACCUGAACAGACACAUCCGCUCUCAUGGUGACAAGCUGUUCAAGUGUGAUGAAUGCGAUAAAUUAUUCAGCCGAAAGGAGAGUCUGAAGCAGCACAUCUCUUACAAACACAGUAAGACCAUGGAGGACCAGGACUACAAAUACAAAUGCAACACAUGUGAGAAGUCUUUUCGUCUGGAAAAUGCUCUGAAGUUCCACAACUGCCGCACCGAUGAUAAGACGUUCCAGUGUGACAUCUGCUCACGGUUCUUCUCCACCAACAGCAACCUCUCCAAGCACAAAAAGAAGCAUGGUGAGAAGCUGUAUUCCUGUGAGAUCUGCAACAAGAUGUUCUACCGCAAAGACGUGAUGCAGGAGCAUCACAGGAGGCACAGUGUGGGAGCUAAACAGUUGAAAAAAGAGGAGCUGGAGGCUAAUGGAGAAGAAGGGAGCAAGUAUAGGAAGGAGCCAUCCCCAUGUCCCAUCUGCACCAAGGUAUUCUCUUGCAGGAGUAACAUGAACAAGCACUUGUUGACUCACGGUGAUAAAAAAUACACCUGUGAGAUCUGCGGCCGGAAGUUCUUCCGUGUGGAUGUCCUCCGAGACCACAUUCAUGUGCACUUCAAGGAUAUUGCUCUGAUGGAUGAACAGGAGAGGCAGGAUUUUAUCCGGAAGAUUGGGAUCUCCGCCGACGAUAGUGACGUUACAGAUGAUGAUGAAGAAUCGGAAGAUCCUGAACAGCACAAGUACAACUGCAAGAAAUGUCAACUGUCGUUUGCCAAGGGUAAAGAGUACCUGAAGCACAUCACAGAGCAGCACAAGGAGAAGGGCCACAGCUGUGGCAUUUGUAACCGACACUUUGCACUGAAGGCCACCUAUAGUGCUCACCUGGUCAUCCACAGAGAGCAGCUGCCUGACCCCGCCGUGCAGAAGUACAUCCAUCCCUGUGAAGUCUGUGGCCGAAUCUUCAACAGCAUUGGGAACUUGGAAAGGCACAAGAUAAUCCACACAGGAGUGAAGAGCCAUUGUUGUGAGAAAUGUGGAAAGUCUUUCGCCAGGAAGGACAUGCUAAAGGAGCACCUCAGGGUUCACGACGACAACCGUGACUACCUGUGUGCAGAAUGUGGGAAAGGUAUGAAAACCAAACACGCUCUGAGGCACCACAUGAAGCUCCACAAGGGCAUCAAAGAGUACGAGUGCAAGGAGUGCAACCGCAAGUUCGCCCAAAAGGUCAACAUGCUGAAACAUUACAAAAGACACACAGGUACUAAAGACUUCAUGUGUGAACUGUGUGGGAAGACCUUCAGUGAGAGAACGACCCUCGAGACGCACAAACUGAUCCACACAGUGGGUAAAACGUGGAAGUGUCUGACGUGUGAUAAGAAGUACCUGACUGAGUACAUGCUGCAGAAACACGUCCACCUGACCCAUGAGAAGGUGGAGGCCCAGUCGUGUCACCUGUGUGGGACAAAGGUGUCCACCCGUGCCUCCAUGAACCGCCACCUGCGACGCAAACACCCAGAGGUGGCUUCUGCCCGGAUUGAUGAGUUUGAUGAUCUUCAGGAAAAUUCAUCCAUCAGCAUCAUACAGCCGCCCCUGUCCCUGGAGAAGGACAGCACGACUCAGGGCCGCCACUGCCGGCCUUCUCGGCAGCCAAAGAAAAGGCUGAGAGUUCCGGUGGAGCCGGAGCUCUCUGAGUCCGAUGAUUACGUGGAUUUUCCCGAGCCGAGGCAUCAACCCCUUCCGGAGUUCAGCACGGUCAUUGUUGGGGAGGAGACGGAGACUAGCUCUGCUGUGCAGAGCAUACAGCAGGUGGUGGUCCUGACAGACCCCAGUGCGCCAUCGGCCCCCUCCCCCAGCAGCUCAGUGGGGCUCACAGUCACACCCAUCACCAGCCACAGCUCUACCCAGUUCACCAGCCUGCAGCCUGUAGCCGUGAGCCACCUAAGCACCAGCGACCGCCCUCUCACCUUGGACAGCUCCAUCCUCACCGUCACCUUCGACACCGUGAGCGGCUCCGCCAUGCUGCAUAACCAACCCUCAGAACUCGUCCCAGAGGCCAUGGGUCCUGCCGGCACCUCAGCACCCCACUCUGUUGCCCACUUCAUCAAUCUCGCCACCCUGGUCAAUCCCAUGGGCCACCCGCUGGAUGCUCCGACUCUGCCUUGGAGGCCUGUGCCGGCAGCCGAGAGCAGCCAAGUCACCCCAGUGGUGGAGGGGGCCCAGGGGGAUGGUCAGGGUCCAGAGCCCGGACAGAGCAGCCAGAGUCAGACGUCCAUCCCACAGCAGCAGAGUGGCUCCCACCAGAUGUUCAGCUACUGAGCACACACCGGGGUGCAGGUCACCUCAUUGUUUCACAGAUUAGAUUAUUUCUUUUGGACUGAACAGAACUUUAAUCAGGGUCACCCAGAGGGCUCCCCAGUCGUUUUUAGUUCCCUUUGUGUACAGAUAAAGCAGCGGCUGCUAACAAUGUACGAAAAGAUGAGAUAAGCAGUUCAGAUCUAGAAUCCGCUGCUGAAACCAAAGCACCGUCUGAAGGAUCCCCACGCCUCAUCAUCCCUGAUCACCUCUGUAGGAAGAAAAAACACUCCUGGUGGGAGGAGGGAUGUGGAGGUGUGGUCAGAACUCUGGUAGAUCCAAUCAUCAGUUAUGUAAGCUAAUUAUUGUUUAUCUUAAAGAAGAAACUGGGUUUUCUAUUAUUUUUAAA